GAAGUCUGUGACGCCUGUUGUCGUGACGUCACGAUGUCUGAACGAGCAGCCUAGCCUGAGAGAUAACGGCUUAGUUUUGUUUUUGAUUUAAUUUAGCCUUUGUUACGUUUGGAGACUCGGACAUUAUACUAGAUGGGGACCAAGCGCUUACCAUGAAACUCCGGCUGCAGAAUGACAGGAGUGAUACCAGAAGAGCACAGAAAUUGAGGGAUUCUUCUAUUGUGAUGCAGCCUGAUUCAAGCGAGCGGGGCGCUAACGCAGGAAAUGGAUUGUCCCUGACGCUGCAGCCAGAGCUUCUCACCAGGACUCCAGCCACUGGUGCUGCUGCCGCCACAAACCCUGAGAACAUUGAGGUACGGGUACCCAUGACGAGCGGGCCUGGGGAGUCAGGUGGAGGUGCCUCAUCCAGGAGGUGCAGAAUCAACUCCCAUGGCCACGCCCACUCCCAUUCUCAGUCACAUGGACACCAUCGGGUGCAGCAUCACCCGAACUCAGAGCCAGAGCUUGACUCGCCUGACUCUGACACGGACUCUGGAGAACCCAGCACCUCCGUGUCGGAGCUUCGCUGUCUCUUCCGCUGGAUCCAAAAGAGCCUUCCUUUCCUUGUCAUACUGUGUGCUAAACUGGUCAUCCAGCAUGCUCUAGGUCUAGCUGUUGGGGUUGGCCUCUUUACAACUUUUCUAUAUGUGAAUAAAAACAUUCAAACUCAAGUCUUUCUUCAGGAACGUCAGUCCAAGCUGCAGAGUGGUUGGCUGCUGCUGUUCCUGAUCUCUUCCACCCUCCUGCUUUACUACACUUUUCUCACUGAGACACUUUACUAUUGCCUCAUCUUUCUCAGCCCAGCCAUCGAGCCGCUGGGUUUCUGGGAGGUGCUAUGGGCCGUUGGUGUUACCAACUUUGUAAUAAAGUUCCUCUGUAUGGGGAUGAAGUGCCUUAUUCUACUGCUGCCAUCUUCCCUGGUGACCUACAGAGCUCAGGGCCGCUGGAUGAUGCUGGCUGAAGAGAUUGGUCAAAUCCACCAGGCCGUGGCGCCUUUUCCACUGUGGUUCCGCUACCUGGUCAUUUACCAGGAGGCUGACGGCACCCCUGGACUCACAUUGGGGGUCCUGCUGGCUUUGCUCUACCUCAUACUAAAGCUUUUAGGAUUGUAUGCACAGUGGACAUCUUUACUGAAAACUGUGAGGAUAUUUCUCAAAGGCGAGCAUACAGGCUCCGCGGCCACCAGGAGUCAGUGCAGCGAGGCUGGAGACGUUUGUCCCAUCUGUCAGGGAGAGUACAGGGAGCCUCGAGCUCUACUCUGUCAGCACAUAUUCUGUGAUGAAUGCAUCGCUCUGUGGUUCAACCGGGAGAAGAGCUGCCCUCUGUGCCGCACCGUGAUCACAGAGAAGGUCUACAAAUGGAGGGACGGAGCCACAUCCCCACACCUGCAGAUUUAUUGAUGAGGCAGGCCGGAGGGGGCUUUGGGAUGUGGGACACUGGUAUUAGCUACUAGCUGUAUUUAAAUGUGGGAUUUAUUUUUCUCUGAAUGGCAAAUAAUGUUGUACACACUGUUUCAUGUAUCGGUAAAGGGCUGUGAUCCUGACGGGUGGUGGUCCAUAAAGAUUUUUACCUACAGAAGGUUAUGUUUCUGGAUUAUUUACCAGAGCAUCCCAGAUUUAGCACUCCCAGGAAACGCUGAUUAUUCUCAUGCCUCCAGUGUUGUUUUGAUCUAUUUUAAGUUUUUCUCCUCUUGUGUUGUUUUGCUUUUAUUCAUCUUUAUAUGAACUUUCCUUCGGGGGCAGAGAGAUGUUGUGUCCACCUGUAAAUAGAGGAGCAGCAGAGAAAUAUAUGAAUAAGUAUUUUAAAAAUAUUUUUUUUCCCUUUAUAAUACUAUCAAAAAUCUAAAGACGUGAACCCAGUGUUUCUAAAUUUGUGGACGUGAUUUUUUGUUGUUAUUUGUAACGAUGAAUAUGUGGAGUUAAUCAGCUGCACACUUCAGGAGUGAUCUCUGAAUCCUGUGUGAAAUGACCCUUUGAGCCUGAAUGUGUUAAAAUGUGAGUCUCCAGCUCUGACGAGUGUCGUGUGAAGGCUUUAAUGAAGCCCAAGUACGCGGUGACAUCAUGUGGUCAGCCUGCUUCCGGGCACGGAGGAUGAUAACGAAUAACCGAAUGUGACGGACGAACAGUUUGCUUAACGCUUUCACAACCUAUAAUGAGGAUGCAAAUGAGCUUGUGAGAUUGAUUUACACAAAUUAUUUUUCUACUGAGGUGAUGUGACCUUGAUUUUGUAAAGAAAAAAAAUCAACCAAAGAGCAGGAGAAAGAUCUAUUUUAUUAUGUAUGAGGUCAGUUCACCUUGUUAUUUUUACCCAUUUAAAUCCAUAAACUAUCAAUAAAGAUCUACAUUUCAA